CAAAUUGUCAUUGACAAUGUUUGUCAAUAAUGCAUUUAUAAGCACAUUACAAUUAAAUACAAUUAAAUUAGCUUGUUCAAUUGUAUUAUACAACUUAAACAAUGACACGAAAAUAAACACAGUUACCAACAUUCACUCAAACUUUAGGUCCUUAUGUGAUAUUUUAAAAUUUUAAACUCGUGAGUUUAAAAACUAUGUUAAAUUUCUGUAAAUAAUUCAAGUCUUGGUUUUACGAUGAUGCAGUAAUUUAAGUGAUUUACAUAACGAUAUGGAAUUGGAGAAAGUGUGGAGAGAUUUUUUCGUCAAGGCGGAUAUCCUGCCAGAAAUUGCAACCCGGUACAGCGUGAUAUUUAGGGAAAAUCGAAUAACUUUUAAAAUGCUGGAGGAUCUAGAUAGGGUGAUAUUAAGAGAGAUGGGGAUCGUCGCAGUGGGGGAUAUAAUCGCAAUAUUGAGAUAUGCCAAAAGUUACAAAUAUGAAAAUAUGGAGGUAGAAGUGAAUUUUACUCUUGAAAAUACGAACCCUGAUAAAGACACGUUGGCGCUAGCUCGUCAAGAAGUUGCACCACCAUCAGAGAAAACACAAGAGAAAGUUUCCGUCGAAACAAAUAAAAAUUUGUGUACUGAUGUCACCAUGAUGAUGGAUAACAUAAAUAAUAAGGCUAGUUGUUUGUGGGCUACGGCAAAGCGCAAAAGUCCUCUUCUUCAUGAUGAUCAACGAUCGGAGAAAGUUCCUAAGCAGAAUCUUGUCGCCUCAACGGUUGCCAAAGACGAAAAAGGAGCUGUCAUCAAAACGAAAACUGUCGUUACGACAAACCAGGAAAUUGACAAACACAUUGUUACCUAUUGUAAAUCCUUGCAAACUAAUAAUGCCAAGAAAUCAAUCGAUAAAUCUACGACUUUGAAAAAAACAAGGCAUCCGAAAAAUGUAGUCCUUCCCUGUUUCAACGAUCCAGAUGCUCUAAAACCCAAGCUCUCCCCACCCUUAAGUUUAAAAAAGACUGAGCAAGAAGUGAAUUGCGUCAUGAUAUAUCGGCUUGAUGAUAUACAACAGUGGGCACCGGUGGGCAUAGGGAGAGUGGAAUUUGUCAAGGGCAUUAUUACGUGCUAUGAAUAUAAUGAGGAGGAUACCAGCGUGAUUUCAGAUCGAGUCAUAUUUUCCUCAAAAAUCGGACGAAAUACGGCGUUUGAAACUUCUAAGGAAACGUUCAUCAGUUGGACUGAUCUAAAUUCUGAACCCAAUACUUCUGUCAGCUACGGACUGAGAUUUAAAGACAAGUUGGGGUUCACGCUAAUACUGAACAAAAUUCGAGAUUAUUUGCCGUGCAAGCCGAAAAUGGUUAUGAAUUCACCAAUUAAGGUUAAACAUAAUGCCGAAUAUCGGUCAGAAGCGAAUGGUCUCUCUUACGCCUUGGCGUCUAUGCAAGGGUGGCGACCUUCAAUGGAAGAUACUCACACUGCAUGCCUAGAUCUCAAAGGAAUGAAGAACGAAACGUCAUUUUUUGCAGUUUUUGAUGGCCAUGGAGGGCAUCGUGUAUCAUUCAUCAUCGCCAAGAAGCUAUCACGACAAAUUCUUAAGCAAAUAAAAUCUCACGAUUAUAAAGAUUAUAAAACUGCACUAAUUAAAGGAUACAAGAAACUGGAUAAAAAACUUGAAAAACUAUCAAACUUGAAAAAUAACUUUGCCAAUUCUUGCGGAUCUACCGCUGUGUCAGUAUUAAUUGAUAAGCAUUCUCUGUACCUUUCAAACCUCGGAGACUCACGUGCCUUACUAUGCUCAUCGGAGGGUAAAGUUAUAUUUGCAACCGAAGAUCACAAACCCAUAAAUGCUUCAGAGAUGAAAAGGAUUUAUGAUAAUGAUGGGUUUGUCAUGAAUCGACGAGUAAAUGGAGACUUAGCUGUGUCAAGAGCAUUUGGAGACUUUAGAUUCAAAUCUGGAAGUAACGCUGAUAACUACUUGGUAUCCUCCACACCUGACGUCACUCAUUUCAGCAGAUCUGCUAUUUUCUCAGGUGGUUACGCCAUUCUAGGUAGCGACGGCGUUUUCGAUGUUUUAAAAAAUGAGGACCUUGCGGAAAUGGUGCAGAUGAAAAUAAAUGAGGGAGUCGACUUGGCAGUCAUUUGUAAUCAAAUUUUAGACUUGUGUUUAGCUAAGGGAAGUCGGGACAACAUGACGGUGCUUCUAGUGAAAUUGAACAAGCAAGUUUCAAAACUUAAUGACAAGAUUUUGGUAAAAUAAUAAAUUAUUUGCAGUAACUUAAUGCCUAAUUACUUUUAUACAUAUAUUUACUAACUUUAAAUUCAAUAAUUACUUAGUCAAUUAAUUAAUUAAUAUAAAUUAGCCAGUAAGGACAUUUUUGUAACCUGUGACAUCUUAAAUCUAGACUGAAUUAAAUAUAUUUAUUGUGAUUUAACAAAGUUUGAUAAAUAUAAGGGUUUAACUCAUCAA